UCUUACUGUGACUCUUCCCUGGCCGGAUGUGCCGAUGAGGAGAACGUGGGACUCGGGCUCCUCGUGGUUCCUGUCUUCCCAUUGGUUGCAGAAACUCGUUUGCGUUUGGCUGCAGAAACCUGUUGGAACAUCCACCAGAGUGAUGAGAGGAAGCUCCGGGAACCCUCGGGGACUUCAGACCUGUGCCCGUCUUCCUGCAGCCGCCUGGGCCCCAUGUGACGUAAAGGACUCGCCGACUCGGCUCGCUGAUGAGUGAGCGGGUCUCGGAGUUUGAUCAGUUCCCUCUGUGCUGAGGAGGAUUUCAUGCUCUUCUGAUUUCAUCUCCUAAUCAACAGAUUGGAUUGACUCAAUAUUUUUUUCCCCCCCGUUUUACACCAGAUCAACAACUCAAGACUUGAACUUGAGACGCCUCUGCUCUUUAAUUAAUUGUAUUGCUCUCCCCCGCCCCCCUUCCUCCUCCUCCUCCUCCUCUCCCCGACCCUUUCUUGUCAAGUCCGCUCUUGUUUUGCAUGAAAUGUCUUCGUUACCAGGAAUGGUCCCGCAAAUGAUGCGCCCGGCACCCAGACAGAACUACCAGCGCACUGGACUCCCGCUGGACGCAGUGUCCACUGCUCUCGGGCAGGGACGGGUCAACCAGCUGGGAGGUGUUUUCAUUAACGGCCGGCCUCUACCAAACCACAUCCGGCACAAGAUAGUGGAGAUGGCCCACCAAGGGGUCCGGCCCUGCGUCAUCUCCCGGCAGCUGCGCGUCUCUCACGGCUGCGUCUCUAAGAUCCUCUGCCGGUUUCAGGAGACGGGUUCAAUCCGACCAGGAGCCAUCGGUGGCAGCAAGUCCAGGGUCCUGCAGCAGUUAUUAUCUACGUCGGACGUGGAGACUCGGAUAGAGGAGUACAAGCACGAGAACCCCGGGAUGUUCAGCUGGGAAAUACGGGACAAGCUGCUGAAGGACGGAGUGUGUGACAGAGGCACAGUCCCUUCAGUGAGUUCGAUCAGCCGCGUGCUUCGAAAUCGAUUUGGGAGAAAGGAUGAGGACGAACGUGACAAAAAGGACGAAGAGGCAGAAAAACGAAACAACCACAGCAUAGACGGCAUUCUGGGCGGCAAAGGAAGCCAAAUGGAAGAAGUGUCGGAUGUAGAAUCGGAACCUGACCUCCGUCUUAAAAGGAAGAAGCGCAGAAGUCGGACCACCUUCACAGCAGAGCAGCUUGAGGAGUUAGAAAAGGCUUUUGAAAGAACACACUAUCCUGACAUUUAUACCAGAGAGGAACUGGCCCAGCGGACCAGGCUGACUGAGGCCAGGGUUCAGGUGUGGUUUAGCAAUCGCAGAGCCAGGUGGCGCAAGCAAGCAGGAGCCAGUCAACUAGCGGCAUUCAACAACCUCUUGCCCAAUGGAUUUUCUUCAACAGGGGUGUCAACGUUUUCGACAUAUCAGCUUUCAGAAUCAGGCUACUCCUCUCUGUCCCAUGAGAAUGACGACACAGUUCAUCGUCCACAACCACUGCCUCCGUCCACUGUGCACCAAAUCGGUUUGUCCAAUGCGGACAGCGGUCCUGCCUAUGCUCUUUCCUCCAACUGCAAUGGGUUCUCCAGUUAUUCUGAUUCCUUUCUGAGCUCUGCAGCUCAGAGCAAUGCCAUUAACAGUGGACUUUCACAACAGGUUAUGAGCAUCGUGAGUAAUUCAUGUCGUGUUUCCUCAAAGCCACACCAUGACUUCAACCUGUCGCCUCGCCCAAGGUCUUUGGACUCUUCUUUAUCCAACAUCAUGGCCGCCAACGGCAGUCCACAGUCAGCAGAGGUCUCUGUUAAGAUGGCGGAGAGCUUUCAUUCAUCCGAAUCUUACUCCCCAACCACAUACGGCACCACCAGCUACAGCGUGGACCCAGUUGUGACAGCUGCCAGCUACCAGUACAGUCAGUAUGGUCAGACUGCUGUGGAUUACUUGGCAAAGAACAUUAGCCUCUUCAGUCAGCACAAGAUGAAGUUGACCAAUCACUCAGCUGUGCUGGGAAUGCUGCAUGUCAGUACUGGCCAGGCCUACUAGUACUUUAAACAGAUGGCAGCAAACCUAGCCACCAGCAGCCCCUAUGACUCCUGCUGCAACACAAAACUCACUCAGAGGUUUCCUGCCAAUGCGAGUGUUUUUUCCUGCAGACGAAGAGCCACAACACCUCUUGAAAUAUCUCUUCCAGUAAAUGUUUGGUUCUUGGUUUGGAGAGUUUAGACUUUCCGUGGUGGUUCACAGGGCACCAAUGCAGCUCUACUGUUCUACAUUUGUAUUAAAUAUCUAUGUUUGUCUUGUUUGGUCUUUAAGGGAAAUGUAAAUGUUAUUCUUUAGGGACAUAGUGACCAACAUUCACAUAAAAUAACAGCAGGAAGGAAAGAGACAGUGAGCUGGAGUUAUUCCAGUGUUAAUUCAUCCUUCUCUUAAGUUGCACACCUUACCCAUUAAGCAAACUCAGUAGAAUCAAAACAAGUAAUAUCAAUAUUCAUUUGCUAUACAUAUAUAUUAAAUGUGUGUGCAACUGAAGAAAUUUUAAAUUCUGUGCCAGUAUUCCCAUUAUGUGAUUAAAGAUUUUUUUUAUUAUUAUUUAAAUGUUUUAUUUCUUAAGUGUGUAUGGUCAUCAGCCAGAACCAUCCCUAAAUUUAUACUAAAUUAAUCUCUUUAAAUUAAUCUCUAAUUUAUUUAAUAUUUGAUUGAUAGCAAAAACAAAUAAUAUUGUUUUUGUACAAAUAGAUAUAAAUUCUGACAUUAAAGAGAUGUAUCCCAGAAGAGAUAACGUCCCCCCCCUUUUAUUUAUAUCAAUGCACUUGCACUCUUUUAGUUUGAAAAGGCUCUUGUUUUAAUAAAGGGAAGUGUAAUCCUCUCUUUGUAGCUUUAUUUCUGGCUUGAAGAGGAAGCGUGAUCUUUUCUUUCUAACUUUAAUUCUGAAUUCUCUCUGCACUUUGAGAAAGGAAGCGGCAGGCUGUGGACAUGCUGUGUAAACUUUGAGUUGUCUUGUCGAUGGGAGCACGAGAUGGAGAAUCUCUGUGGCUGUCUACUGCUCUAUUCUUAUUGAUACCUCAUCUUGGUUAGAUUGUAUUUUAUUUUAUUUAUUUUAUUUUUUGCUGGAUCGGAUUCCUGGAACGUCCAUGUGGUAACGAUACGAACCACUGAACGGAGAAAAAACUGAAGUGAAAAACACAUUUUGACUCGAUAAACGACUGAAAAGACAAACUGAAAUACUGAGCUCUGAAGGACUGAGGUUUUGAUUUUGACAUGCCAGCUUGCCAUUACUCUUACCGUUGUGGUUAAACUGUAUUUUAUUUGAUCACGUUCUACAAAAUAAGAACUAUUUUUGCUCAUUUCCUGCCUCCAGCUAAUUCAUUUUGCUCUCACCUCAGUUCCUGCUGUAACUAGGUUGCACCUUGCAACUGGUAUAUAACUUUUGAGUUAUUCUACAAUACUUACUGAGUCAGGGGUUAGAUAUGACGUAGAGAGCAGUCAACAUCAGUGUAAAACAAGUUGAAGUGACAGGUGUCUGCAGAAAAAAAAAAAGGAAUUGACACAUUUUACAUGUAUCUCGUGCCUUACACAAGUAUGGAGAGGCGCCGGCGGUAAUUAAAAAGUCCCAUCUAAAGAUUCAUUACUGACAUACACAGGCUGAACUGUAGGAGCUCAAAUAUUGAUAGUUACUGUUAUUGAUAGUUCAUUAAGGUUUUGGAUGCAUAUCAAUCAGUGUUUACAAGACCACUGAGAAGCAGCCAGGAGAAUAUGAGAGGAGGUUCAGCAGGGACUGAAAUAUUCAUCUCUGAGUAUGUGAAGGAUUACAUGCCUGCUUGUUCCUGACGAAGCUAAAUUAUUUGAAUCAGUUUGUCCAGGUUUAGAGUUGCACACUGGGUCAAAGAUGAGUCAAAUCUGAUUUUUUUUAAAAAUCACUUCCAAACACCACAUUAGGUAAGUGUAAUGAAUGCAUUUAUAUGGUUUUCAAAAUACCACAUCUGUUAUUAUUUAAAAGAAAAAACUUUGGACUUGAGUAAUGACGUUUUCUGAAGCGAAAAAAAUAAAUGUAAAACUGCAAAUGCCAAUUUGCAGUUUAUGAUUUUGUAUGUUUUGUUUUUACCAUUGUGAAAAUCUGCAUGCCUCCAUUUGUCUUUCACACUCAUGAAUUUUUCCAAUAAAGGAUAUCUCUCUUUUU